AUGGACCCCAGUGGUGGGAAUGUGCCUCGUCGAACCCGUUCUGGUUUAGGGGGAGGAAUCCAACAGCUGACUAAUGCCAUACGGAAUGCUUUUACUAAUAGAUCGAAUCGCACUUACAUUGAGAUUGCUCGUAGUCAUGGUAUUCCGGACCUUUAUGCAGUUGGGGCUUGUCCGGAGGUUGAGGAAUGGUUAGAACAGAUGGAGGACACUUUGGAGAGUAUGAGAUGCCCGCCAAGUGAAUGGGUGGAUACUGUAACUUAUUUUCUGAAAGAGGAUGCUAGGCGUUGGUGGAAAUCAGUGAAGCAUGCUCGUCCACCUAAUGAUCCAAUGAAUUGGGUUGAUUUCCGGAAGACUUUCAGCGAUUAUUUCUUGAGUCCCAGUUAUCAGUUGAGGAUGAGACAACAAUUCCUAGAGUUUCGUCAAGGUGAUCUGAGUAUCACGGAGGUAGACAGUAUUUUUCGGCGCCUGUCAAGACAUCAUGCAGGGACUUAUGGAAACCCGGGUGAAAAGAUGGUCCAGUUACUAAUUUGCUUGAAUCCUGAAUAUUGUGAACCAAUGGCAGCAAUAAAGCACAGGAGUUACGAGGAGAUGAUUGAGACUUGCUUGAGAAUUGAACAGUCUAGGUGGGAGACUCAGCAUCAGGCGCAAGCGCAGUUACAGUUUCAGGGACCGCCAAGAUAUCAAGACCGACCUCGGAACCAGAACCAGAGGGGUCUCAAGGCCAGAGUUCAGGUUCUUCUAGUGAAGGCUCAGGCAAUGAAUCUGGGAGACGAUCCUUCAGUCACUUCAGAUCACCGAUCACGUGUCACAGGUGUGGAGGCACGGAACAUAUUGCCAGGUAUUGCCCAUCUGAAUGACCUGCCAAAAGUUAUGCAUCUGCGCCGAGUUAUAGUGGAGGGAGUAAUCCGAGCUCCAGUUAUGGCGAGGCAGCCACAACAGUUUAGUACAGCAUCAGGUAGCCACCCUCAAGGAAAUCGAGCAGGCCGUAACAACCAAGGUUUUAGGGCUCGAGGUGGCCAUAACGGUGUAGCAGGACAUCAGUUGCAUGGACGUAUCAACGCCAUGACUCAGCAGGAGGCUGAUCAGGACCCUCAAGUUAUUACCGGUACGUUACUUAUUUGUGGUAAUUGGGCGAGAAUCCUAAUCGAUCCAGGCGCUACUUUUUCAUUUGUGUCUUCCUCAUUUGCACCGAAUCUAAAUUCGCAACCUACACCACUUGGCUAUGAUAUGCUUGUACAAAUGCCGCAUGGAGAUCUGUUUUGUGCACAGUGGGAGUAUAGAGGUUGCCCGGUAAUGGUGGAAGGGGAAACAAUGGAGGCUAACCUGGUUCCCUUCAAUCUGGUGGAGUUUGAUGUUAUCUUGAGAAUGGAUUGGCUCUCCAGGCACCGUGCGUAUGACGCGUGUUGGGAGAAAUCUGUGACGCUCAAUCGGCCUGGACGACCGUCGAUCACAUUUCAGGGUGAGCGACGAAUCCUUCCUAAUAGUAUUAUUUCUACUAUCCGCGCCUCUAAGUUGUUGUCUAAUGGAUGUAUAGGGUUUCUAGCCCACGUAGUAACAAGGGGAAAACCUUCGUUGAGUCCUAAAGAUGUACUAGUGGUGAAGAAAUUCAUCGAUGUUUUUUCGGAAGAUCUACCAGGGCUGCCACCUGCGAGGGAAAUUGAAUUCACCAUCGAUUUACUUCCAGGUACAGACCCUAUUUCGUUACCACCUUAUCGAAUGGCACUAGCAGAGUUGAGGGAAUUGAAGCUUCAACUUCAGGAGUUAGUGGAUAAAGGUUAUAUCCAACCCAGCAUGUCUCUUUGGGGUGUUUCUGUUCUUUUUGUUAAAAAGAAGGAUGGUUCGAUGAGACUUUGCAUCGACUACCGGCAGCUGAACCGGGUGACAGUAAAGAAUCGUUAUCCUUUGCCUCGGAUAGGUGGUAUGUUUAACCAGCUGAAAGGCGCUCAGGUAUUUUCUAAGAUCGAUCUUCGUUCAGGUUAUCAUCAGCUGCUAAUUCAAGAGGAAGAUGUACAGAAGACUGCUUUCCGUACUAGGUAUGGACACUUUGAAUUUCAUGUCAUGCCUUUCGGAUUGACGAAUGCUCCUGCAGCCUUCAUGGAUUUGAUGAAUAAAGUCUUCAGACCAUAUCUGGAUCGGUUUGUGAUUGUGUUCAUCGAUGACAUUCUGAUUUAUUCCAAAAGUGUUGACGAGCACAGGAAACAUUUAAGUUUGGUGUUGGAAAGGUUGAGAAGUCAACAGCUGUAUGCUAAGUUCACCAAGUAUCAGUUUUGGCUUAACCAGAUCAGCUUUCUUGGACAUGUGGUAUCUGCUGAAGGAAUUAGUGGUUUCUCAGCAAUUGCCUUGCCAUUGAAUAAGUUGACUCGGAAGGAGGUUGAGUUUAAGUGGGAUGAAGAUUGUAAGCGGAGUUUUCAGAAGCUGAAACGACGUCUCACUCAAGCUCCCGUUCUUGUUCUUCUAGACGAUAGCGGUGAGUUUGAAAUCUACACGGAUGCAUCUAGUUCAGGUUUGGGUUGUGUACUCAUGCAGCAUGAGAGAGUCAUUGCUUAUGCUUCCAGACAGCUCAAGACCCACGAAAGAAACUACCCUACUCAUGAUUUGGAACUCGGUGCAGUUGUGUUCGCUCUGAAGAUCUGGAGACAUUAUUUGUACUGUGAGAAGUGCUGCAUCUUCACCGAUCAUAAGAGCCUCAAGUAUAUCAUCACGCAGAAAGACUUGAAUUUGAGGCAGAGAAGGUGGAUGGAGCUCAUCAGUGACUAUAACUGCACGAUCGAAUAUCAUCCCGGACAUGUCAAUGUUGGAAUGAAGCGGGAUGUGGCGGAUUAUGUGAGUAGAUGCAUCAUUUGCCAGCAGGUAAAAGCUGCGACGCAAAGGCCUGGAAGACUAAUGCAAAAUCUUCCGAUACCAGCUUGGAAGUGGGAAGACAUCACCAUGGAUUUUGUGUAUGGGUUGCCGAGGACACAAGCGAGAUUGGACAGCAUUUGGGUGAUUGUGGAUCGACUCACUGAGCGGUAG